CAACAACAUCCACAUCUACAUCUACAUUCACAUCCACCACACUCACAUCUCUUCUCAUAAACCACACAUCCAUCUUCACACACCCAACCCUCUCCAAUCAUCAUGUACGCCAACAAGAUCGCCCUAGCCAUUGCGCCUCUCCUCUUCCUCGCCCGCGCCGACCUCCAGCUCGACAACGACGACGUGCCCACCGCUUGCAGGGCCAUCUGCAGGCCCAUCGUGACACUGACAAACGCCUGCGAGGUCGACCUGAGCGGCAGCGACGACACCGACCGUAAUGAGAACCGCCUCGAGGCUCAGUGCAUCUGCACCAACGACAGCUUCGACGUCGGCCACAUUGCGGCGCUGUGCGCCGACUGCAUGCGCCAGAACUUCCGUGAGCGGGACAACGAUGAUGAUGACAAUGACAAUGACGACGAUGAUGACAAUGAUGACUGGAAUGAUGACUGGGACUACGCUGACCUCGAGGAGGUAAAGGACAUCCUCGUCACCUGCGGCUGGACCAUCUCCAGCUACGCCUCGGCCUCCUCCACCGAAGCCGACGGCAUCACCGUCGAUGCCACGGCUCCCACGGCCCUCUCGCAGCUGACCACGACCAUCGUGCCCGGCUCAAUCCGCACCAAGAACUCCGGCACGGCGACCGCCAGCAGCACCGCCAGCGGAGCCACGGCCACGGCCACGGACUCCGGCAGCUCCGGCUCCAGCUCGGACGACUCGUCCAGCUCCGGCUCUACCGCGAGCAACAGCGCGGCGCAGGCCAGCCAGACUGACAACGCUGCGCCUGCGCUGGCUCCGCUGGGUGUUGCGGGCUUUGCUGUCGCUGGCGCCGUUCUCAUGAUGGCUUAAGUCUAGGGGUGCUUUAAUAUCAUCCUCUUACGAAUUGGUGCUGGAAUCAUGUGUCUUUCUUUGGUGUUUUGGUCCACACGACCACCCCUAUCCAGGGACAUUGCAUAGACGGCUGUUGGACGAGAAGAGCCGUGCCAGGAAGGGUUGCGUGGUUUCGGAUGCUGGUAUUAACUAGAUUUUCUUUCAUCUGGCAUUUAUUCGUGUG